AUGAAUAACAGUCGGACGCUGUAACCAACUCAGCCAUGGGGCAUGUCUUGUCGACGACCCCUCGUCAUAUAUGGCAAAUGCCGUACCUAGUCUCCAAAGGCCUCCAUCAAGUCUCGCUCGCCUGAAGCUCUGAAGACUGACAUGCCAAAGAAAUCGAAAGCAUCGAACGUUACUGUCCAACCACCACUCAAAUCUGCAGUGCCAGCUCUUACAUUUCCAGAUAUCUCGCAGAAAGAAGGUCUCGAAUGUCGCGUGCUGCAGGAAGACCAGAUCAUCCUUAUUGAUGAGUUUCUCUCUGUUGAAGAAUGUAAAUCCUUUGUGAAGUUUAUCAACAAUGUUCCUUUGGAGUUAACACCUCCCAAGAAGAAGGGGGAGGCUGAGAGGGUCAAUUUUCGUUUUUCUGUGACCUCUGUUCCAUUUGCUCAGAAGUUACAUUCCCUCCUAUUGCCUCAUCUCCCAUCUUUUCCUCCUCCUAUGUCAGCUAGGCGGCGCCCUCCCCUUGGCGAAAAGCGCCAGCCUCGCUCGUGCAACUCAAAUAUUCGCAUGUACAAAUACACGCCAUCCCAGUACUUUGGUCCUCACUAUGACGAUUCCGUCCGUGACCCAGAUACGGGAGCAAAAUCUGAAUGGACGGUGCUUGUUUACCUAACUGGAAUCGAGGAUGGAGUUGAAGGCGGCGAGACACUAUUCUACAAGGACGAGCGGGGGAAACCACGCGAAACCAUUGUAGCACCUCUAACGCGUGGAACUGUUCUCCUCCAUCGCCACGGAAACGAAUGCCUACUUCACGAGGGUUCGCUGGUCCGCAAUGGCACCAAGUACAUUCUCCGCUCAGAUCUCAUGUUCAUGUGACGACCACUACCAUUGCCUAUGAUAUUUCUUCUACUUGCGAACUCUUCAGCCCACUUCGUCGUCUUUAGAUCAAACUUUAGAUUUUACAUACCAUCGACCUUGCCACCACCUUGGU